UUCUCUACACAACAAUACCAACUUCUUUCAGCUUAAAGUCACCUUCGUAGAUCAAAUAUGGGUUUCCGUUUGCCGGCAUUGAUCCAGGGUUCCAGGCAACUUUUGAAACACCAUUCCGGUUUCUCCCGGAAACAAUCGGAUGUUCCCAAGGGACAUGUUGCCGUUUAUGUCGGAGAGGCGCAACCGACACGUUUCGUGGUCCCGAUUUCGUAUUUGAACCAUCCUUCCUUCGCCGUACUGCUCAACCGUGCCGAGGAAGAGUUCGGUUUUAAUCAUCCGAUGGGCGGCCUCACGAUUCCGUGCAAGGAAGAUGCUUUCAUCAGUCUAACGUCUAAGUUGCAUACUUGCAGUCCUCAUGUACGAUGGUGAUGGAUAUAGGAAGCUGUUUCCCUAAUUUUGUCAAGUUUUGUUUCUUUUAUUUUUUUCCCC